UUUAGAAAAAAAACGUAUACAACUGAUAUCAGCUGGUAUUCUGUCUAUAAUGGAGUGGAAUGUACAUUUUUAAGGGACCCAAACUUUUGACGGUAUAGUGUACAUGAUCAGUCAUUGACUGAUGUUUAAAAGACAAAACUUUUUUUUUUAUUUACUUGACUGUCAGACAAGCCACUGUCACCUGCACAGUAUGGAACACAAUGUUCCAACCUUGUAAUAUAUCAUGUUGGUGUUUUUGGGUGCCUUUUAGUUCAUGGACUAACUGUAAAAGUAGUUGAUGGACUAUUGCUAAAUGCACUUCAAGCUACCGUGUCAUCAUAUCAUGAACAGCCCGUUCACAUGACCUGGAAUGAAAGAAAACAAUGAAACCAGCUACGGAAGGGCGUGUCCUUUUACUGUACAUACGCCGGCGCUCUCUCUCUCUCUCUUUCUCUUUCUCUCUCUCUCUUUCUCUUUCUCAUUCACAUACACACACACACACACACACACACACACACACAUAUACACACACACACUAGUUAUAAACAUAUCCUGUCAUCUCUCUGCGCAUGUGUUUAAGCUGAGUAUUUUCAGUGGUUGAUCAAGACUUCCUCUUUCCAGUUCAGAAGUGGAAUGCACUGUAUACUUCCAUUUGAAGUGGAAGAAGAAUGAAGCUUGUUCAUUGUAGGGCGACAAGUAAUGUAAUUAAAAAACAAAACAACAACGCACAGGAUAUUCCCUGAAGACUGUUCUUCCCAGAACCAGUGCUGACCCAGCGUGACCCUGCAUCCGUAUUUGUCUACAGAUACGCACCUUUCAUCGCAAAGACUUCUGUGAUCACUGAAGGAAUGGCUGGACAACAAUAUCCUCGAAGUAGCACGCAAUUCCAAAAUAUCAGCUGGAAAUGGAGAAUUUGUUAACCAUCCUAUUAUUACUAACAAUUGGAUAGGAAAUGAUCUUCAAUGCCCAAUGAACACCACAGGAGCAUCAGGUUAUAAAAAAAUAACACAUGCUCCACAAAUAAUUGAAAACCAAGUUGGAGACAUUAUCAACACUGAUACAACUCAUAGAAAGCGCAGCAAACCUUGUCCAGAUGAGACUGAGAUCGCUGAAGCAGUUAGGAGUGAAGCUUUUGUGGAAGGCAACAAAGCCAGAGAAAUUACAGCCAGAGUGGUCAAUGAAGGAGGUGGCGACCCAGAUAUUUAUCAUGCGCCGAUAGUCAGAAACAACAAGUCUGAAAAGAUCGACACUAGCACAAUUUCAAAGGGAGGUGGCGACCCAGAUAUUCAUCAUGCACCAAGGAUAAUCAAAAACAGGGCUGAAAAUGUUGAUGUCGGCACAGUUUCAAAGGACCAAAGACAAAGAGCCGUUGUACCGUCUUGUGAACAGACCUGGGUUCAUAUUUUCAGAAGGCCUCUGCAGGUUGUGUGGACAUGGAUCUCCAGCUGGUGGAACAGGGGUCAAUGACUUGCUGCAUCAUGAAGCACGGCCAACAAACCAGCCAGAGAUCAAACAUUCCAUGGACAGAUUGUCUUAUACAGUAGUUAUCGGGCUGGUUUUAGUUUCUACAUCCUAAAGAACAGGGAUUUUUCAUUGUGAUUUCCUGGUUCCUCUCUUAAUGUCCACAGACACUGACGUCUAAUUAUCGGAGUGGCGGCACUUCCAUUGUUUUCAAACGUCCCACCACUCCGACAUUUUUUUUCCAUUGUCGUUGUGGCGGUACUUAAAUUUUUUUAAAAACGUUCCGACAUGAGGUCAUUAUUGUAAUUUUCCGCACUGAGGCCAUUAAUAAAGGGAAUGCUGAGAGAAUGCUGGAGAGUCGAGGAAAAGAAGACUAUGCUACUGUUGUGUUAUGUGCCAUCUAACAACUGCACGCAGGCCUAAUAACAAAUAAGACUGCAGUUAUUCUGUGGCUCAAUCAAUUUCACCUGACCAGCUGUUCUAGUCAUCUCCGAGGUCGGGGGAUAUUGUUUAACAUCUCUGAGGUCGGGGAUAUUGUUUAACAUCUCUGAGGUCGGGGGAUAUUGUUUAACAGUCUAUGUUUAAACGGAUUUGCCUUCUAUGGGCAACAACAUCAUUUGCACAGGAGGGGGGAGGAGGAGAAAGCAGCCAGCUAGCUCUCUGUUUUGUUUGAAUGUCAACAGAAGUGACAUUACCCACCAUCGCUUAGAGCACCUUUAAGACCUGUUUUGUGGUGUCUAAAGAAUAACAGAGCACUACUGAAGCAGGCUCAAAUUCAUUCAAAUCAUUCCAAAUAUUUGUUUCUUUAUGAUUAAAGGUGAAAUGAUUUUCUGGUUA